CCAAAAAAAAAAAAAGGGGAACCCAGCCAUGCCUUUGAGAAACCGGUGAGAUAAGCUUGGUUUUGGCCUUCUUUUCUUGCUCUAGGACUUAAAUGGAACCCAGAAAUCCCCUCCCCUCUGCAGAAAUCCGGAUCUGCCUUGCUCUGCUUUGUCCUUCCGCCGGCUGCUCUUGAUUGUGGGUGAUUUCUGGGCAUUUUUUCGAUUUCCCGAAUUUCCCCUUGAAUUUUCUGCAAUUGCCGCCGGCUUCUCUCCCAAACUGCAGCUCGGUUUGCUUGCUAAAUUAUGGUUUCUGGUCAUUUUGUCAGUUAGCACUGAGAUCGAGUCUUCAGUUUUAUACGAGUGAGCAUGCCUACUUGGAGUUUAUUUGACUGUCCUGAUGAUUUGAAAGUGAUUGUGAAUUGUGAUUUUUCUGUUAAUUUCUACUUGUUUUGUCUCCGAUAUGGUCAUGUUAUUCGUGUGCCCGCUAGUAGGAGGCUAGUAGAAGGUUUAUAAACGCUAGCACAUGUCGACAUGUUACUGAUAGAACCGGUUCGCUUCUGUUAUCUUGCUAGUGGGAUUAUACACUAGUAAAUCGUGUGCUUGUCAGUGGGAGGUUUAUAACACUGGCCGUGACUUAUAGAGGAGACGUCUAUUUCGUUCUCGUACUGUAUCCGUUUUUCGUGAUUAUACUAGUUGGCAUGCUAUAAGGUUAAUAAGGGCACUCCAUAUUUUACUUACUGAGUUUAUCUCAUAGUUUUCCUUGUCCACCAUUUCAGAAAGUGAAACCGAGGACGGGGAGACCACGGGAAGUGACGAGUUAAAAGGCUAGCCAUUUUGUAAAUUGAUAUCAAUUUUUAGAUAUAAAUCAUGAUCUUGUAAACUAGAGUGUAUUUGGAGAUUUUACGAUAUUAGAGCAAUUUUAAAGAAAUUGAUCUUCAGAUU